AUGAUGCAAAUGAAACCAUCAAACGUGAGAUGCACCAAUACCACAACACUCAGUGCUAUCCGUAAUUGUGAUAGAAUGUCGGUCAAAGAUUUGCUAGUCAUAGCUAAGCCAUCCGUAAGAGCUAUCCUCGACAAAAUUCCAGGGAUUGUUCAGACUAUAGUUCCUGAGAUGUUUCGCCUAUACAAGGGAAAUUCCAAGGGAGUUCUGGAGAAUCCUACAGGCGUCUGUGUCGCUGAUCAUGGUAAUCUUUUUAUCACCGACAACAAAAGGUGUGCCGUCUGUUUCUGGCACGCCUUCACUAUCCCAUUGAUGUCUCAGAAGUGUCAAAGUCACUAAAGAAUCCUAAUGGUGUAACUUAUUCUGGUGGAGUUGUGUAUGUGGCUGACACAGGUUACGGAAGGAUUGCUUAUAAAGCUGUUGUUCUAUCAGUGUUCCUGGAGCCCAAGAAAAUGAAAGUUCAAGAUAUUCGUGUGAAACUUGAGGAAAUAGAUGUCCAGGUCCGUGAAGCUUCCAAGAAGAAAGAUUUGGUAGAAGCUUUAACCAAAUGGAUCAACAACGAGAGAAAAAAGUCAACUAUUGUCUUUCGGACCUUAACAAGCUGCCUCUAG